AUUAACAAAAGUGUUUUAAACAAUGCCAAAUUUCUGCGCAGCUCCGAACUGCACAAGAAAAAGCACCCAGUCUGAUCUGGCUUUCUUCAGGUUUCCGAGAGAUCCUGACAGAUGUAGGCUGUGGGUAGAGAACUGUCGCCGUGCAGAUCUAGAAGAGAAAACUCCUGAUCAACUAAACAAACACUACAGGCUAUGUGCAAAUCACUUUGAGCCAGCGAUGAUCUGUAAAACUAGCCCUUACAGGACUGUGCUGAGGGACACGGCUAUUCCAACCAUUUUUGACUUAACCAGCCACCUCAACAAUCCACACAGCAGACAUCGGAAACGCAUCAAAAUUUUGACAGAUGAAGAGGUACAAAGAAUGAAAGAACGAAGGUUGGAGUCUGCACUUGAACAGAAAAAGGAUAAAAAUGAGGAAGACGGCACAGAGGCCAGUGAUGAUACACCUCAGCUGACUUCACAUGAAAAAGAACUAAGACAGUUCUUGAAGUCUUUGUUUGAAGUGAUUAUUGUAAUUGGAAAACAAAACCUGCCGUUGAGAUUCUGCUCAAAAGAUGAGCCUGAGACUCACCCUGUUUCCGUUAGCGUUUUUCAGGCGUUACUGGAAAGCCGCAUGAACGCAGGCGACGAGUUUCUUAAAGCUCAGUUUGAAGCAGCAGCUGUAAAUGAGGAAUUCUGGUCAGUUUCACAGCAGAGGCAAUUGCUGGACACUUGUGAGAAAUACAUUCGCGACGAGCUACUCCAGGAAGUAAGAGAAAGCCGCUUCUUUUCUCUGGUGACUGGGGAGCUGGUGGAGUUUCCAGAGGGCCAACACAUUCCAGUGUUCUUACGUUUUGUGGACCAAAGCAACACCGUCAGGGAAGAGUUUGUAGAGUUCCUUGCAUUUGACAGAGAUGAAAAAAUCAUGGCAGAGAAAUUGGAAUCUUGCAUCACUAAGGAAUGGGACUUAAGCUUGGAACAUUGUAGAGGCCAAUCACAUGCUGGCUCAGGUGUGUUUGGCUGUAAGAUGAAAAUGAUAGCCAAUCAGCUGCUAGAGAAAUACCCGCUGGCAGUGAAUACCCCAUGCUCGACCUGUGCGCUUAACAUACACCUGGCUAACUGUAUUCCACUAACUGGAGUUCAGGUCGUGAUGUCAGUUUUGAAAAGAACAGAUGCAUUUUUUAAGGCGUCUCCGUUGCUCCAGGCUGAACUAGAUAGUGCAAUUUCCAUUCUCAAUCAAGACAAUCCGGAGAAAGUAAACUAUCUGAAAGAAAGCUCUCGCGCCACCUGGACAGACCUGCAUAAUCUGUUUGAGGUUGCUGUCGAUUUGUUGGAGCCACUUUUGCUUUGCAUGGAUAGCAUACAUGAUAACGAAGACUUCAAAUGGAACGAUCAAUUAACCAGCGACGCUUACGCCAUCUCUGAGGCUUUGGCUGACUUUGAAUUUGUUGUUACUUUGGUCAUACUGAAAAACGCACUCUCGUUCACGAGAGCCUUUGGUAAAAAUCUACAAGGAGAAACUCUGGAUGUCUUUUUUGCUGCCAACAGUCUAACUGCAGUCUUACAUUCCUUGCACGAAGUUCUAGAAAACGUCGAGGUUUACCAUGAAUUUUGGUUCGAGGAAGCUGUAAAUCGGGCCACAGCGAUGGAGAUCCUGAUUAAAGUGCCCAGACUGUUUCUCAGAAAACAACAGUUGUUUGAAAUGAUGGAAAUACAAACCGAGGCAUUUUUUAAAGACUACUUGACUCUUCCGGUUAUGGAGCACAUCACUCAGGAAGUGAGAGACAUUUUCUCUGAUAACCACACCAAGGCUCUCAAGUGUCUGUCUCUGGUUCCAGCUGUCAUGGGCCAGCUGAAGUUCAACACGUCAGAGGAGGCCCAGACCGACGUCUUCAGGAGCGACCUUCCUCAACCGGAUACGCUUCCGGCAGAGCUGCACUGCUGGAAGAUCAAAUGGAAACACAGGGGAAAGGAAGUCAGCCUGCCGUGCACCAUUAACGAGACGCUGCAGCACUCGGACGUCAAGUUUUUCCCGAACGUGAACGCAUUUCUUAGAAUCCUGGCUUCUUUGCCGGUGUUAAAACUUGGGGGUCAGGGAGAGACCGGUCAGAAACGCCUGCUGGCUUACCUUUCAGACACACCAAUGAGGAACAGAUCUAAGGGUUUGGCAAUGCUGAACAUUAAUUACCAUAUAAAAUUGGAUCUAGAGGAAAUGGUUGAGUGUUACAUCAAAACUUAUCCAGAGGAAGAAAGUGAUAAUCAAGUAGUUGCCUUUACUGAGACUGAAAUGCCUGAUGGUUGAUACUAGAUAGUUUAAAGUUCUAUUUUUGUACUUUGGUGUAAAUAAUUUGCCGUGCAUUUAUUUUGCCCAGUGCUGUUAACACAGCCUUGAAUACAUUUGUACUGUUAUAUAUAUAUAUAUAUAUAUGGAUCUACUGAGACUGCAUUUUAUUUUAAAAUGUAUUUAAUGUGUUCUGUAAAACUGGACAAAAAAUA